AUGCAAAACAAUUUAUCAAGAACACCAUCAAAAAAUAUAGAUCGUUUGGAAUUAUUUUUUCAACACAAUCCCGAUUCUUUUGAUAAUGACCAAAGUUACACCAAGAGAGGUCUAAACUUAAAUAUUAUUAAAAAUCCAUUUGAGGAUACACCGCCGCCAUUAAGUGUCAAUAAUAACAGUCCGCGAGUUCUUAAAGAAGAAGAAGAAGAAGAAGAAGAAGAACAGAUUCAAAAUGGUACUGAACCAAAAAACAAUAAUAACCAUAAUAUGAAUGAGACAAUUUUAAUAAAAAACAAAGUUUUUAAUGAACUUAGGUUACGAAAUCAAGAGUUGCCAGUAUUGGAGGAAAAUACGAAUGAGAACAAUGCUACCUUGCUUAAUGAAAAACUCAUAGUUCAGAAUCAAACAAGUACAACUGCAAAUGACAAUAUGAAUCAAAUUUUUGAAAAUACAAACACAAAUGCCACAAAUAUUAAUUUUGGGACAAAAAGAGAGAGCAAGCCUAAAACACAAGCUUCAAUUGUCGCAAAUGAACGUCAACAAUCUAGGGAAAUACAGUUAAUACUGAAUCCUUCAAAAGGAGAGAAAGAAUCUCAAACACAGAUAAUUGGUUCUGAACGUAUUAUAAAUACUACGAUAACGAGUAUUAGUAAAAACAUUAUAGUACCGGAUAGUAGUAAUAUUAAUAUUGAAAGUGGAAAAGACUCAGAAAAUAUAACCAGAGCUAUAAGUAAAAAUGCUGAUGAAACGACACAGGGGACACCAUUCAUUGAGAAAAUAAUUUAUGGCAAUCCAACCAAUAAAACGCGUGCCACUAAGAGCUAUGAGAAGAUUUGCAAUGGUACUCUUGUAAAUUUUGAAGAUAAUAGACCCAAUAUUGUUGUGUCUCCUUCCCCAAGUGACAUCCAAAAUUUGACACCACGUGAAAACUUGCUAAGUUUGACUCAAAAAAUAAAACAAGUGUCAAAAAAUGAGAAAGAAUCAAAGACGUUUGAUAGUUUUGUAAGUACAAAUAUGUCAACUCGUGAAAUGGCAGGUAUAACCGGAAUUACUGGAUCUAACAAUGGUAAUACUAGUAAUCAGGAAAAUAUUUCUGAUUUUCGAGGUACCAGAAUACUGGAUACCACGGGUGAAGAUGCUUCCUCAACGUGGAUAUAUAAUAGUGCUAAAAACAAAAACAUAAAUUCAGCAGUUAAUAACCACCAGGAUGUUUUACAUAACCUCGUAUUGCCUUUGGCAGGAGUUGCAAAAGAUGAAGAAGAAAGUGUUUCGAAAGUUAUACUUGUUUCCCCGGGAGAUGAUAUUUUGGGAAAAACUCAAGUACUUGCUACUCAAAUUUAUUAUGAGGGGCAUAAUGAAAAUAACAUUACAAACGGUAAUGGUUCUAUACUGGAAGAUAUCCAACAAGAAAUAAAUCGGGAGGAUGUGUGUUGGGAACAAGAAAAGAGGGAACGGCAAAAACAAGAACAAAUUGUAGUACAUAAGGUAGAUUCUGAAAAAGAUCAUUUUAUUUCAUCCCUACCCCCAAUAAAGAAUAUCAAUAAAAAAAAUGACAAUUCAGUUAGAAAACUAUAUAAGAGAAUGAAGGAUAAUAGUGAGGAAAAUAAAAGUCAUAUUGAUGAUACAUUAGAAGACAGUGGAUUCCAUAGUAAGGAUUCCAAGGAAGGAAUGCAAAAAAAUGAAGAAGCAGAAGAAGAAGAAGAAGAAGAAGAAGAAGAAGAAGAAGAAGAAAAGGAAAAAGAAAAAGAAAUGGAAAAAGGUGAAGAUGAUGUUAGUGAAAUUAAUUUUUUCAAUCUUAAAACUCGUCAAAAUGCUUUGGUCACUGGCCAAACUUUGAAACAUCAAGAAGAGAUGUUUGUAUCUUCGCCAAAAAAAAAAAGUAGACAGAUAACCACACAUAAUGAUUUAAAUAUAAUAAACUCGAUGCCACUAUCAAUAUCUAAAAAUAUAGAAGUGUUUUCCUUGGAAGCACAAGACGUUGUAAAAAAUAACGAUCGCGAACACUUUGAUAUUAUUAAUCCUAACUACAAUUAUAUUCAUAAUAAUCAUAAUAAUACUACAAAUAGCGACAUAAAAUUAGGAUAUGUAAAAAAAAAGACAAUGGUAUCACAAGAAAGUGAUGAACUACUUUUAGUUGACGCAAAAAGAUUAGGCAAGAGAAAAAAAAAAUUAAAUCAAGAAAAGAUAUUUGGAAACGAGGAUGAUGAAGGGGAAGAAAACCAUGGAAUGGUGAGUGAAGAGAUAGAAAUUGAAAACAAUAUUGAGAAACAACGCCCUUUAAACUUUAGUAUUGAUGGUGGCAGAAAUGUAAGUGUAUCCUCCAUACCUAAUAUUACUAACAUUAGUAUGACUGACAAUUCGGCUAUGACUUACCUUUUAGCCUUGAAUGACAUAGAUUCUAUUAAUGAAGACUGGACGUUAACUUUUAAGGAUAUACAUUUCCCCAAUUCAGUUUGGUGUUUUUAUAAUUCUAAUUACCAUUAUUAUCCUGGCCAUGUCUUAAAUAUCGGAAAGAUUAAAUCCAGAAUUAAAUUUGAAAGUGACAUUUGUGAAAUCGGCAAUAAUGAUUUAUAUUUUUUAGACAUUAGAAUUGGUGAUCAUGUGCAUUUGGCACAUUGUUCAUAUGUUGUUGUUGGCCUGAAAUGCAAGUACCCAAGAGAUAAAGAUUUAAUUAGAUGUAUCAGAGGUUAUGAUACAGUUUUUUUGGAAAAUGCAAAGAACAAGAAACAUGAAAAGGAUAGUGGUAAUAGAAAAAAUGGAGGCAAUAAUAAUUUCCAUACUAGUAUCACUGGCGUUAAUAAUCAGAAUUUAGAAGUACUUUUAUCUUCGGUAACAAUGAGCUUGGAUGAUUGGAUUAGCCGUGCCAAAAUAGGUUGUUCCUUUAAAUCCUAUUAUAAUAUAGACACAUCACCAUCUAAGCAUCAAAUAAUGCUGAGUAAGUUUAUGGCUUUAAAAGAAAAUAAUCAAAGAGAUUCUUAUAAUAUGAAUUUUAAGCAUGAAGCAUUUGAUAUGCCGUGUAAUAAUGACACUUAUCAAGAGACAGAAGAUGCUAUUGAUGAGGAUUUUGUAUCCACUACUAAUGUUGUUAAUACUAAUGAUCAUAAUAUCCUACCAAAGAAAAAAUAUAUUAAAAAUGUUAAGAAUAUAAAUAAAGUGACUACCAGGAAAAGGCGACUAAAUAAUCAUGGGGUUCCUUCCAAUUGCCUUUUACCAUCGCCGUCUAAAGAAAAUUCAGUUGAAAGAAAAUUAAGAAAAAUUGCCAAUAGCAGUAAUAACGGAUCAAAUUCUAAUAAUGAUUCCGUUAAACGACCCCAAAAAAUUUUGGUUAAUACUGAAAAGACUAGUGAUGGUAGUAUUUUAUCCUCAGCCGUUAAACCAGUUGAUUUAACAAAAAACAUAUUUGAUAAAUAUCUCUUCAUAAUUAGUGGAUUAGAAGUAAAACUACGGGAUGAUUUAAAAAGUCUGAUAUUUGAAUUUGGUGGAAUUGUUUUGGACAAAGAAUUUUCUCAAUUAGUAAAUAUAUCAAAGAAAAACAACAAAUUGCAAUAUGCAGAUGAUGAUACUUGUAUUAGUUCUUCAUUUAAUCAUUUUUCCUUUAAUUGGACCGAAAUUUAUAAGUCAAUAGUUAAAAAUAAUUUUCCAAAGAAAGAAGAGAGCCAAUUUAAAUUUGUUGCGUUAAUAACGGAUAAAUAUAGUAGAAAUAGGAAAUAUAUCGAGACAUUGGCUCUAGGAUGGCCAAUAUUACAUUAUAAUUUCAUAUAUGAUUGUAUUCAAAAUUUUUCUUAUGAUACAAAUAGUAGUAAUGCUAUUAUUACUACUAAUGUCACUGCUUCCGCUGUUACCAAUGAAAAACAAAAAGAAAUGCUACGAGAAUACCAUUUAAAAAGCAUAUACAAUUAUUUAUUGCCUAGUGGCGAAAGCAAUAGACUUUAUGGGAAUGUUAAAUCUUAUAAUAUAAAUAAAUACUACGAAAAUAUUAUUUUGAAUAAAAAAUACGAUCAACUUUUUAAUUGUAAUGCCAUAGAUUUAUCGGAUUAUAUUGCGAUUAUAUAUGGAAAAUCUGAUGUUACUGAGUUGAUAAAGUUUUUCUUUGCCAUUUUUAAAUCCCGAUUGGUACUCCAUGUUGAUGAAAAGUAUGAUCUUUUACAAAAGACUAUAGAUUUUGUUUUUGAAAAUGGCAGAGAAAAUGAUACCAUCACAAAAUUCACAAAAAUUUUAAUAUUUUAUGCCGAUAAGGAUGCCAGGAUCAGUGCUGGAAGCCCUGAUGAUUUACAAGUUAACGAUACACAUGGUUUAGAAAUUAAGAUUAUUGAUCAAGAAUGGUUAGUUCAAUCGAUUAUUUUUGGUAAGUUGUUAAUAUGA